AUGCUCCAGAUGGAUGCACAGUGCACGUGUUUUGUUAUCGUAACCUUACUGAUACUUGUAUUCCACUCAUUGUCCCCUGUAGAGGCUUCAGAUGACACAAAGGGCCAUUGGGGUCCAUGGGGCCCCUUGAGUCCUUGCAGUGUCACUUGUGGUUCAGGAAUCGCAAACAUGGAGCGAGUGUGGAUCCCAGGACCAGACGAACAGGAUGCUAAAAGCUUUAAAAAUCCUUUUACCUUUACCCAAGUGUUUUCAUGUACAGACGAGACCUACCCUGAGUGUCCACAGAAUGGCACCUGGUCAGGCUGGGGGGCUUGGAGCGGGUGUACAAAAGCUUGUGGAGGAGGUAUAAGGGAAAGACACCGAGAGUGCCGUGGUCAGAUGUAUGGAGGUAGGCCAUGUGAGGGUGACAAGUUUGGCAAGGAAGACUGUAACAGGGAACCAUGCCCCCCUCUGCCAAGAGGUUUUGACAUGUCCCAGUGUGAAGAGGAAGCCAAUUUCACAUGCUCCAGCCAGAAAAUGUGCAUUCCCAUAAGCCAGAAAUGUGACAGCACUGUCCAGUGCCAUGAUGGAAGUGACGAGGACUCCUGCCCUAGCUUCAGCAUACUCUGGGGUAACAACAUCCGCUAUGACUUGACCAGGGGAAGAAACGGUGCACGUUCUUCAUAUUCCAGUUCUGUUCACCACUUGUUUAUCUACUUGGUGUUUGCCAUGAGUAUAAUGAUGAUGCUUCACUAG